AUGAUUGCGGCCAAAACUGCAGCACUUGAUGAUUUGCUCCCCGUUCAACCAGUUCCACCCUUCCUUCAACAUGCAACAUCGGCAGGUGUACCGAAGCCUCCGAUCCCAGUGCCGCCUCCAGUCAAUGCUUCAGGGCAGUUUCUAGUGCCGUCUCCCUCCGUUUCACCAGCACUGCCUUCUUCAUUUCCGCCAGUAUGUACAGCUUUGCCGCCACCACCACCUGCACCUAUCCCGCCAGAGUUUCCUAUGACACCGCAACCACCAUCUGUUGGUAGAAACGUAAAUGUCAUGAAGCACGACGAUGGUACUGAUAUUGAUGAUAGCGACGAUUACGACAAUGCACAGUAUGAAGCACAUCCUGAUGACGACGGUGAUGACGAUAUCAAUAAAAGUGUUGCUGUCAGUUUUUUUUUGGUUUUUUUCGUUUUUUUUUUUCAAAUUUGA